AUGGGUUUCACGUGGAGCUUGUGGGCUGCCCAGCGGAUCAACGAGUACCAGGGCCACGUCUCGCACUACGUGUACGUCGACAACCUGGGGGUGGCCUCCACCGACCAGCCCAUCGUCACCGAUGCGAUCGCACAGCUGGUUGAGGGCUUCGACCAGCGCGGCCUCCUCCUCCACGGCAGCUCCGUGGGCACCGAGGUCGAGACGCUGGGCGCCGAGGUUUCGGGGGCCCUCUGGAGGACGAGAGUGGCGCAGAAGCGUUUCUGGCUCAUUCGACAGGCCCUGAACGGCCUCCUGCGACGCCGCCGCCUCACGGGCUGGGCGGUCGAGGUCCUGGUGGGCCACUGCACGUUUGCGGGAUUGCUGAGCAGGGGUACGUUGAGCGUAUUCCACGCGGUCUACGCCUUCAUGCGGAAGUCAUACGCCGAGCCCAGCGUGCUGUGGCACGAGGCCCGCAAGGAGCUCGAGACGUUCCGAGGCCUCCUUAUCUUCUUGGAGAGUGAUUGGGCGCUGCAGUGGAACGAUCUGGUGGUGGCGACCGACAGCAGCUUGGAGGCAGGAGCUGUCGCGACCACCCGAUGGCCUCGUUCGCUGGUGGCCGAAGUGGGCCGCGCGCAGGAGCGCGCCCGCUUUCGGGGGCCCGCGGCGGCCGAGACCGACGGCGCUGCCGGGGCGGCGCUGGAGGCGGCGGGCUUCUGGCGCGACGCCGAUGGCGAGUGGCGGCUGGCCGAGGGCGUGGUCGACGACGACGAGCAGGCCGCUGCGUGGGAGGCGGGCCCCUCCUUCCCGGAGGUGCACGCCGCGGGCCUGGCGAGCAGCCGCUGGCGCACCGAGCAGGUGCAGCGCUGGCGAUUCGGGGAGGGCAUCCUUACUGAGGAGGCCCGAGCACUGGUGAUUGGCGUUCGACGCGUUGCCCAGUCUGCGUUCGGUGCCGCCUGCCGUCAGCUGAUUCUGUCUGACAACAUGUCAGUUGUAGUGUCUUUUAACAGGAGUCGUGCUAAAGAGUUUGCUCUCCUCGUCCAGGUCCGCAGGUUUCAAGCCUACUGUCUCGCAAGGAAUCUGAAGGUGUCUGUGAGGUGGGUUCUCUCUGAGUUGAACCCCGCCGAUUAUGGGUCUCGCGUUUUUGAUAAGAAAGGGGCUAAGGAGUCUCUUGGUGCACUUCUUCCAGAUACAUUUUUUCUCAGAGGAGUCCAGGUCUAA